UAUGAAUGUCAAAUAGUAGAAAGCCUCUUUUAAACUUCCGUUUCGGCUAGGAAGCACGAAUUGCUUGCGCAGGUGACAUAGUCUAACCAUGGCUCCAUCGCGGAAAAACAAAGUCGUAAAGGAAGAGGUCCAAGUGUCGCUCGGACCGCAGGUGCGCGAUGGUGAGGUCGUGUUCGGAGUGGCGCACAUCUACGCCAGUUUCAACGAUACCUUCGUACACGUCACGGACAUUUCGGGCAAGGAAACCAUUUCCCGUGUGACCGGCGGCAUGAAGGUGAAGGCUGACCGUGAUGAAGCGUCGCCCUACGCCGCUAUGUUGGCCGCACAGGACGUAGCGGAGAAGUGCAAAUCGCUCGGCAUUACUGCGCUUCACAUUAAGCUGCGUGCUACCGGUGGAAACCGUACCAAAACGCCCGGACCUGGUGCACAGUCAGCGCUCCGUGCGUUGGCCCGUUCAUCGAUGAAGAUUGGCCGCAUCGAGGACGUGACGCCAAUUCCGUCCGAUUCAACUCGCAGGAAGGGUGGUCGUCGCGGUCGUCGUCUAUAAGCCCGGCAUCAU